GGGCGGGGCCGUGACGGGACCUGAUGGAAAAGCUCAGCAGAGCUGCUUAAGUCGAUCAGACCAUCAUGGGAUCGCAUCUCCUGUCAUUAUGGCUCACUUGGGUCUGCUGUGCAGCGUGUGUCGUCCAGAGUUCUGGGAUGUUGUCCCACGUGGACCGGUAUGAGGUGAUGAGACCACGCAGACUGACGGAGAGACACAGGAGGAGCCCGAGGGACAAGCAGCUUUAUCCAGAUACUGUACGCUAUCAGCUGACUGUUGAAGGAAGGAACCACACAAUUCAUCUGGAAAAAAAUGGGAAUCUUUUUGGGAGAGGCUACACUGAAACACACUAUUUAGAAGAUGGAAAACGUGUGACAACACAGAGAAGUAAGGAUCACUGCUAUUAUCACGGUCAUAUUGAAGGUGUGACAGACUCAUCUGUCAGUGUGGGGAUUUGUUCAGGCAUUAGCGGCUUCUUCAGGUCAAGGCGGCAGGUUUACAUAAUCGAGCCCCUCGGACACACCGAGGAUGGGGACCAUGCAGUUUACCGGCAGGAAUACCUGAAGAUCAGCGGCAGCUCUACCUGUGGCUCCACCUCCAACACCACCACCACCGUGGUGUACAACCAGGACCUAGUGCCUCAGCUCGCAGGGCUGUCCAGCUCCAGAGUCCGGAGAACGACGCUCACCUCUGGUCCACAGCGUUUUGUUGAACUUGUCAUCGUGGUGGACAGUACUGAGUACAAACGUUAUGGAACCAAGACCGAGUCCCGUGUUUUUGAAGCUGUAAAUCACGUUGACAAGCUGUACCGGGCUCUGAACAUCCGCAUCGUGCUGGUGGGGUUGGAAACUUGGACAAAAGAAGACUACAUAGUUGUCCACAACCUUUCAAACACUACUCUGGACAACUUCAUACGGUGGCGCAAGACUAAUCUUCUGAACAGGAUGCACCAUGACAACGCCCAGUUUGUGACUGGUGUUCAUUUUGAGGGUAAGACAGUUGGACUUGCAAACAAAUAUGCGAUGUGUACUCAGGACUCAGGUGGAGUCAAUCAGGAUCAUCACGACAGUCCCAUUGGCCUUGCAUCUACCAUUGCCCAUGAGAUGGGCCAUAAUUUUGGUUUGUCCCACGAUUCUUCAAACUGUAUGUGUGGUCCGUCUUAUAGCAGUGGGAACUGCAUAAUGGGAGAGAACCUCAGGACUGGGGGUCAUAAUUUCCCAGAGUUUUUUAGUGACUGCAGUCAGGAGCAGCUCGCCAUUUUCUUGGAGCGAGCUCAGCCUACCUGCUUGCACAGGCCCAGUUUGGAUAGGGCCAUCAAUGGGGGUAGUCACUGUGGCAACGCCUUGGUGGAUCCUGGAGAAGAGUGUGACUGUGGCACUGCAGAGGAAUGCAAUAAUCCGUGUUGUGAUGCCUCAACUUGUCGUCUUACCGAUGGAGCCCAGUGUGCUGAUGGAGAAUGCUGUGAAAACUGCCAGUUCAAAGGAGCUGAACACGUGUGCAGGAAGACAGCCAGCGAAUGCGACCUUACGGAAUACUGCACUGGAGUGUCAAAGGAUUGUCCUGAAGACAGUUUUGAGAUGAACGGCAAACUCUGCUUUAACCACGAGCAAGGCUACUGCUACAACGGCCAAUGCCCCACACAUCAGUACCAGUGCUGGCGGCUCUUUGGACAAGGAGCCAGAGUUGGGCCAGAUGUUUGUUUGGACCUGAAGAGACAGGGUGUGGAAGGUGCAAACUGUGGGGGGACCAAACCGCGCUUCAUCUCCUGCACAACGCCGAAUCUUAAGUGUGGCUCUAUAUUCUGUGAGGGAGGAGGUGAAUGCAUCACAGGUAGAAGGACGGUCUUUACCAUUAAGGGUGUGAUUAAAUGCCACGGACCUGUGGAUGACAACAAGAACAGACGCCUUGACAUGGUUUCUAAUGGAACCAAAUGUGACCUGAACAAGGUUUGCCUUGACAACGCAUGUGUGGACGUGUCAAUUUAUGGCAGAAUGAAGGACUGUGCCAAGAUGUGCAACAACAACGGGGUGUGUAACCACAAGAGAGAGUGCCACUGUAAUCCUGGCUGGGCUCCGCCUUACUGUGACAUCCUGUACGCAGACUUACCCCAAGGUCGGAGUGGGAUAAUAGCUGGUGUGUGCGCGGCGGUCUCGGUGCUUUUGGUCGUUGUUCUGGUGGUUGUUGGACUGACGUGCUGUAAAAAGGAAAACAUGGAAAACUGCAUCUUGAAAAGGAAAGUGCAUUCUUCCUCGGUCAUGUUGAAUCCAAUGUUCCAGGAGGGAAGAGUCAAAGAACGACCUCAGAUUAGCCAGCCGACCUUCAUGGCGUCCACGGCCUCACACGCGAGUGCUCCUCUGGUUGUCUCCGUGGUGCCGAGCAGAGCCGCCCCACCGCCACCGCAGACGUUGUCUUCAUUGCCGUCUACCUCACACUCUGAGCCAGAAAGACCUCGACCUCCAGCCAAACCUCUGCCACCGCUACAUAAAACACAGGCGGCCAAACUAAGUCCUCCAGCUGUACCUCCGGUGAAACCCAGCCCUCCUCCUGCACUCAAACCAAAGCCGUGUGCUCCUCCUGUGCCCCCACUGAAGCCACAAAUUCAGACUCACUUGAAAGGCAUCAUGUUUACUGUGGAGACGCGAUAAACAAGCCGGCUGAUAAGCAGUAUGCAAGUGAGCGUACGCGCACAAAGGAAGUGAUCCUUCUCAGAACAGGAGGGUGAUUGUCUCAGGGGCCAAAGACUUUGUCUUAAAAGCCUUAAAGAUACAGUGAACAACUGUGAUAUUACCGACUGAGAAUGUCUUUGAGCAAAAAACCCAUCUGCAAUGUGCAUUUUACAAUCAACAGCUGUUCUAGUCAUUGUUUUUGUCAAGUUCUCCUGUUAAAAAUCAUGUGUUGUCAUCAUCUCAGCACUUAUGUCAGCAUAGUGCACACAUUUAUCUUUAAAAUAUUUGUGUUUGGACUUUUGCAUUCUGCGGUUAUGUACGUUUCUGGAAACUAGCGGUUUUCAGGAUUGGUGUGACCUGGCAUUGUUACGUUAACAUAUACAGUUGCCAACAUUUUUUUAAAAAAAUGCUAGCAAUUGUUAAUAUUUGCAGCUAACUGCUGUUGAUGCUAACAGCGUGGUUAGCGUCAUCCUUAGCUAAUGUGUUUACAUAUAUUAACUGUGGUUAGUGAUUUCUGAUGUUGUCAUAACAAUACCUAGCAUCAUACCGUAUUCUGAAUAAUUUCCGUGAACCUUUCAUUGCUGUUCCUACAAAAUCUCAGAUUUUCAUCAUUUUAGACUUAAACUUCUUCUGUACGACAAAUGCAGCACAGCAGGUUAAGUUUUUAUUUAUUUAUUUAUUGCAGGAGUACUUCAUUGUUUUAGAGUCUUGAAGAAAUGUAAAUGUUUGAAAAGUUUUUUUUUUUUAUUUUAACUAUGCAGGCUGAGAUGGCCAGAGGUGGGUGUUUAAUACUCCAGAUGUAUAGGGGCGCUGACUUGACCUGGCCAUUUUUGGCCACUGAAAACAUCGCCAAAGUCAAUACAAAUGCACUUUAUUUGGUCACUUUUCAAAGGGAUCAGACUAGUCAGUAAAGUCAAUUUAAUGUUCAAUGGUUGAUUUCAGGUCAGCUCGGCGUAUAAAUCUCAUUGUUCCAGUUAAUGACAGCUAUCAUCUGGCUCAGUUAGAGACGAAAUACAGCCUGAGCGUGUUUUCAACGGGUGGCCAGUCAUGGAAGUAUGAAUUCUUGCCUUCGGAUUCGCCAUUUCGCCAGAGGUGACGUACCCACGCCCUUCUACUAAGGAGUGUCAUAGUAUUCAGUCGCUAACUCAUGCGUAGGCUCCAGCUAGGCCGUCACUUGCAUACUAAAAGGACAAGCCAUAAUUAGCCAUAAUUAAACACUGUUAACAAUAAAGUCUGUGUGCGCACUGCACAGCUCACCUCUUGACAACUACAUCACCCCUGAAAUGACUGAAAAUGUCUUACAUAGGUAUCAACAUAGAAGAGCUCUAAAUUAACUCUGCAUUUUACAAAACCUUAAAUUUGCAUAGUUAACGCAGUCUUUUAUUGACAUCACAUAUUGCUCUUGAUAUUAUUUGCACUGGGGUUAUACUCGUACUGUCAACUUCCACUGAAGAUUCACCGUUUGCCUUUAUAAAGUUAAAAAAGCUAGCUGGUGAGCUAGCUUGGCUAACUUACCAGCUAGCUUGGUUGAAUUUAGAUUUUGCCUGUUAUGUGUAUUGCCUGUUUUUAGCAGACUGUGUGUCCAAUACAUUGGGAAUAGUUAAAAAAAACAAACAAACAAUGUGUAUAUUUGAUGUUUCAGCAGUAAACAAGCAUUUCCUCACCUUUGCUAGCUCACCAAAGAGACACACAACAUAUUUUGUGUUGUACCCAUCUUUAUUUAUAUGCCUUACUUUUCUUUUUUUAUAUUGCUUGUAGGAAUGUCUUUAAUAUUUGAUUAAUAAAGUAAGAAAGAAAAAAGCACUUGAAAGUCAGCAUCAGUGUAAAUAAAUUGAGUAUAGAUAUCAGUUAAGCCAUAUUCAUUGAACUUGAUAACGAUUUUAUCAUAUACCUAUAAAUGAUAAAUGUUGUAUGG